CUUCCGAACUGAAAAGGACAAAGCUAACCGAACUAAAACACACUCACGGGAAACAUCCAGUUUGCACACACGCGGCCACUCCCCUGUCACAGAGAGACUUCUUCGGCGACAGCGCUGUCUCUCUCUUCUCUUUCGUGUGUCUUUUCCUUGCUCUGCCGCCGCCGUCGUCCAGAGCGCGGGUCAUCUGCUCACAGCUCCUCAAGAAAAAGAGCAAGGGGAAAAAUCAGUCACUACCAAUGCGAUUCAUGCUGCAGACAUUAAUUCGCUACUUAGGUGGUACCUCUGUUGUUCUCAUUGUGGUUUUCAGCCCAGUUUGGUUUAUAGUUGGGAUUUUGACGUUAUUGGCUUACAACGCUAAUUUACCUUCCAUAUCAGUAGAUUCUGUGUCGAUCACCGUGAUCAACAUCAACUCUAACACUCAGCUAACCGCCAAUUUAGAGGUGAAUUUUGUUGUAAAAAACAAUAAUAUUUAUAACAACAAUAGUUAUGACAAUGUCAACAUCAUAGCUUACCAAAUAGCUAUGAUUAAUAAUUUGAGGCCAAUCGACACACUCAUUCUCCCACCAUUUGAGCAACAAGGAGAAUAUUAUCAGACCGUGCAGGUUCGACUGGACAAUGUGUCUGUGGAAGUGGACAAGUGCGACUGUCAUAUUAAUGGGAGACAGGGGACUAUGCAUCUCUUCUUUGAGUGGAUGACUUCUGUAAGGAUGAAAGAGGGAAAAUGGUUGAAGCCUAUAAGUGAUAUGAAUGUGGUGUGUGAAAUAUUGGAGGUUGUGUUUCCGUGGAAUCAAACACAAAGAUUUGAUUUUCGACAGCAAAACAAUGCAUGCCAGGCUGGUGGAGGGUGGAGAAUCUUAGGUGGAUGCAUAUCAGGGGAAGAGAAAAAUGGCAAAGGAGAAGAUCAGGAUCAAGAAGAUUGAUAACGUGACGGCGAGGUGGUGACCUUCUCAAAGAGAAAACGAGGGCUGUUCAAAAAAGCUGAAGAGCUUUCGGUUUUGUGCGAUGUUGACGUUGCGCUCAUCAUCCUUUCUGCUACCGGGAAGCCCUUCGAUUACUCCAGCUCCAGAUAUGUCUAAAAUAUUGACAAUGCUAAGAUAGAAUAACAGAGCAAUGAAGAUGGAAGUCCUAGCUAAUUUGGUUUCAAAAGCUGCUGCAAGAAACAAUGCAACAAAGAAACUGAAGCUGAUGGCUUCCAAAAAUGCAGGUGAGACAGAUCCAAGAGUGUUGAAUGUUGAAAGUCCUCAUUUAGAUUUUGAUGAAGGAAGAAGGAAACAGUUGCCAGACAAUGCUUAGCUUGUCACUGUGGAAUCAUCUUUUUGUUAAUGUGGACAUGAUAGUUUACUAUCAGUUCAUAAAUAGAUUACUAUCAGUGUUUUAUGAACUCAUAGCACAUUUUUGACUAAUUAUGAUAGCAACGCUAAUAUUAUUACUUUGUAUAUUGCAAGAUGUAAUAGAAAAUUGAUUUAGGUAUAACAUAAUACAUUUCUAUUAAAUCUUACAAUUUAUCUUAGAAAGAUA